AUGGGAGGCAGUGGCAUUGGUGGCUUCAGAGCUACCAUGGGCGGCAUGAGUGGUAUGGGUGGUUUCGGAGCUACCGUGGAGGCCAUGAGAGGCAUGGGUGGCUUCGGAGUUACCAUGAGAGGCAUGAGCUUUGCGUCUCUCAUGGGAGGUAUGGGAGCACCUCUGGGCGGAAUGCCUUCCGGUGUGCCUCAUCACACACCUUCCGUUGACGAUCUUGCCAACACCAUCCGAGCUCCCGAUGACGAUGCAGUGCUUCAAAAUGAAGAGGAGAAGGAAGAAUCGUCUUCGGAUGAGGAAGAUGAAUCGGAGGAAGAGGAGUACGAAGAUGAGGAUGAGGCAUGA